AUGGGAUGGGAUGGAGGGUCCCGGCACUCAGCCCCCUUGGCCAGGCGCGGCUCGGCGCGGCUCGGCACAGCUGGCUGCGGGCGGGCAGAUGCUGCGGCGGCAGCGCGGCGGGCUGGGCAGGGAGCAGAUGGGCUGCAGCGAGCGCCAUAUGGCCCGUUCAGCCUCUCACCCCGGAUAUCACCAGCCGCAGCCCGGCCGGCACACGCAGCGCUCCCGCGGCAGCGGAGCCGGACACCCAGCACCGGGAACAUCUCUGCGUUCCGGGGCCCGACAAGCGCUGCGAGCGGCCGGCAGCGACACGGGGACAGCGCGGCUCCGGGCCUCCCGCGGGACAGCGACAGGGACUCUGCGGACACGGGCAUUGCUGCCGUAAAUACCUCGUGUCAGCGGACACCGCCUGCUCGGCUGAGCUCCAGGGGCGCGCCGGCAGCGGGACGAGAGGGACAGGAACGCUCCGUUGAAGUUUCUGGGAUAUCUGAGGGGGAUAACGGAGCGCUUGUGAGCCUCUCACGGACAUCAGGGCCGUGUCAGAGCUGCCGUGUGCAACACGAGUGUGAGCCCUGGGACCGAGUGCCCGGGGCCGGGGCUGCGGGGAGGGGAGCUGGGAGCUGCUGCAGCCCUGGGACACCGACCUCGACAGGGGCUGGGGCUGCCCAGGGGUCAGACACCAGCUCCAGGCUGCGCCUCCUUCUCCGUGUGGGGACCUCGCACCCCGUGCGACACCGGACAGAGGCACGCUCCACCCUGGCUCCCUCUGAAGGCUCCCUGCAGUGGCAGCGCUCUGGAUCUGGGUGAUGGCGCUGGCACAGCUGUCCCUGCUCAGCUGUCCCUGCUGUGGGGACGGGGGGGGGCUGCUGGAGGGGCUGGCACUGCCCCCUGCACCCCUGGGCACAGGCAGGGCGCCCAGCCCCUGAUACACAACUGUCCUUUUGUAUUAGAUGCUCUUUGCUGGUCUGAAACUUUGGUCUGCUGGAGAGGCCACAAAUCCCUUCCCUGCCAAAACUGUCCGCUGAAACACGGUGGUGUUUCAGGUUAGACACGGGGUGAGCGGUGAGGUGGGUCUGUGCAGGGAAGGGCCUGAUGCAGGGGCUGCACUGGUGCUGCAGGGGCUGCACUGGUGCUGCAGGAGCUGCACUGGUGCUGCAGGAGUGUCACUAUAGGACAUGAAAGAACACAAGCGCGCACCGCUGUUCUCAAGGUGAAGAAAAAAGGGAAGUUUAUUUUCUGACUCCAGCAUUUAUAGUUUUCCUAAAGUGGCGGUGGAUUGGAGGGUGACAGUGCCACCUCUCCUGUGACACUGGACAAACCAACAGUCCAUCAACUUUCUCCUCCUCCAUAAAGGAAUGCAAAACAAUGAGUUAUUUACAACAAGUGUGUGAGAAAGUUCACUACAAGAAUGUCAACAUCAGAAGGCUCCGAAAAUCCUAAAAAAACAGGGUGACACAGGAGCUGCACUGGGGCUGCAGGAGCCUCCUGAGGAUGCCCCACAGGCUCAGCCCUGCCGCGCCCACCGAGCCCUGUUGCUGGCUAAGGGCUCUGUACAAACCACAGACAGGACGGGGCUGCUGUGGAACUGCCUUGAGCUGUUUGAUUUUCAGCAUCAGCCUCAUUCCAUGGUGAUGACAAUGGGAAGAUGCCACCGGCUCACAUCCCAGGCAGCAGAUAAAACUCCAUUACUAAGCUUAGAACUUCUUAAUAUCUCACUAGAUAAACUUUUCUGCAGUUUUAAGAGUUGUUCUAGCCAAGCACUAAUACACAGACCAUUGCUCUA